GGCAAGCGCGCGCGAAACUGUCAUGACUCCGUUGCGGUUGUGUGUUUGUAUUUUUAAGUUUGACGUAGUUUUUCCACGACAUUUUACGGUUGUUACACGGUGAAUUUUCAGACACGGUGUUUCCACGUCACUCCGGUUCAUUGUCAGUUCAUAUUUCACGUCACUUUGUGCGCUUUGGUUCGUCGCCUCCUGUGUCAGGGACGCGUUAGCUCCACGUUAGCUCCACGUUAGCUCCAUGUUAGCUCGCGCUGCUGUUUGAGCCUCCGCUCCAGUCGGUUUUUGUCCGUUAACGGUGAAAACACCCGGUUUUUCGGGUCGUAAAUAUAAACGCGAGGAUGACAUCGGUGUUACAGCAUCCAGGGUAUGACGAGGAGAAGCUGCGGAGAGUCACAGAGCAGACCCCGUGCAGAGAAGCACAGACUGGGCUGCUGCUCUCUCUGAUGGGACAGCCGCAGCAGUACUCUUACCCUUCCAUCUUUGUUUACGGUCAUCGAGCUUCGGGGAAAAGUCAUGUGAUGCACGUUUUGCUGAAGGAGCUUGAGCUGCCUCACGCCACCAUCAGCUGCGUGGAAUGUGUUUCCAAGGCGCUGCUGUUUGAGAAGAUGCUGCUCUCCUUGUUUGGCUGCGAGGCCGCCUCGCUGCUCCCUCGCACCCCCUCUCUGUCAGACUUUGUGCGCGUGUACAGACAUCAGUGCCUCGACUCUCCUGCCACGCAGACGCGAUACAUCGUAAUGGAAAAAGCAGAACUUCUGCGAGACGCUGAUGUCAACCUCCUCCCCGCGCUGCUGCGACUCCAGGAACUGGUGGACGACAACCUCACCGUCAUCCUGCUCAGUGAAAUCACCUGGGACAAGUUCAGACCAAACACGGGCUGUUAUGAGCCACUUGUGCUCCAUUUCCCCGACUACAGUAAAGGUGAUCUGCAGCAGAUCUUGUCGAGGGACAGUCAUCCUUCAUAUUCAGCCGACUUUUACUCGUCCUACAUUAACAUCCUGCUGGGAGUCUUUUACUCCGUGUGUCGAGACCUCAGAGAGCUGCACCAUCUGGCUGCCCUCAACUUUUCAAAGUUCUGUGAACCUUUGGCCGAAGGAAAAGUGAAAGAGAGCGACACACACAAGCUGUGGAGAAAUAUAGAGCCUCAUUUAAAAAAAGCCAUGCAGACGGUCUAUCUCCGAGAAGUCUCCAGUCUUCAGUGGGAGCAGAUGCAGCAAAUGGAGGAGAAGGAAGCAGGAGCUUUGAGAGGUUUAUCUGCUCACACUCACGUUGAACUCCCUUAUUACUCAAAGUUCCUGUUGAUCGCCGCUUACCUGGCGUCUUACAACCCAGCCCGCACAGAUAAACGCUUUUUCCUCAAGCACCAUGGUAAAAUUAAAAAAACAAACUUCUUGAAGAAAAACGAAAAGACGAGUAACCAUCUUCUGGGUCCAAAGCCGUUCCCUCUGGACCGCCUGCUGGCUGUUUUUUACAGUGUGGUUGACAGCAGAGUCGCUCCCUCCGCCAGUAUUUUCUCCCAGAUCUCGUCUCUGGUGACCUUACAGCUGUUGACUCAGGUUAGUCACGAUGACCAGCUCGAUGCCCCCAAGUACAAAUGUGCAGUUUCUCUGGACUUCAUCUCUGCCAUUUCCAGGACAGUGAACUUUGAUAUUGUCAAGUAUCUUUACGACUUCCUGUGAGGCUGCGGUGAGAGAAGCAGAAGAGAGGACGUGCUGUGACAGUAAGACAAACGGGAGAGAGGACGUUCUGUGACAGUAAGACAAACGGGGGGGAUUUCUCUUGAUAAGGACACACUGAAGGAGAAAUCAUCUCAUUAUGUUGCUGCCCCCUUGUGGCUGAUAAAUGACCCUCUUCCUGUCACUUUCACACCAUUUGUUACAAAUAAAAGUCAUAUUGGCAAAUUGA